GUUAACGUGAUCAGUGUUUAUUUGUUUACUUCAGUUGAGUCGCUUCGUGUGAUAAACGUUUCGGCUGCGCGGGUUUCUGCUUCUGUCUCAUCGGUCAGUUAACGUACUGACCUUUCACCUCCAAACCGGAAGUUGUGGUAAGUUAGUAUUAGUUGGCGCUCCGAUAACAAAGAUCCAGGAUUAGACCGAGUCAGUAAUAAUAAUAAUAAUAAUAGUAACAAUAAUAAUCACCGAUUAGCUGAUUGGAUCGUGAACGACGGGACAACACAGCGAAGAGUUUCAGAACACACUUCCGGUCCGUCAAACAUGUGUGAGGAGCAGACGGUGUCUCUGGUGGACGUUCUGGAGGAAGAUGAGGAGUUGGAAGAAGAAGCUUCAGCUGUGUUGGCAGGAAGUGAUUCUGAUCUCUGCUCCUAUCCUCAGGGCUACGUGAAGCGGCAGGCACUGUACGCCUGCAACACGUGUACAUCGAAGGGAGGUGAGGCUGCAGGAGUCUGUUUGGCCUGCUCCUACAAAUGUCAUGAAGGUCACGACCUCUAUGAACUCUACACCAAGAGGAACUUCCGCUGUGACUGCGGUAACAGGAAGUUCUCUGGGCUGCAGUGUAAACUUUACCAUGAGAAGGAUGACACCAACAGUCAGAAUAAAUACAAUCAUAACUUCCUUGGAGUUUACUGUACCUGCCGCCGUCCAUAUCCUGACCCAGACGACCAGGUAGAGGAUGAGAUGAUUCAGUGUGUGGUGUGUGAGGACUGGCUGCACGGCAGGCACCUGGGUUGUGUGGUUCCUGAUUGUGUGGAGCUGCAGGAGAUGAUCUGUGAGUCCUGUAUGAACAAAAACCCCUUUCUCUGGACCUAUGCUGCUCACCUGGCAGUGUCAGGUACAGAAGUUCUGAUGGAGGGAGAAAGACAAACGUCUGCUUCAAAUGUUCCUAAAAAAGAAGAAAAGGUUGACGAGGUAGUUGAGCCAAGUUGUAAGCGGAGUCGAGAGGAGGCGGAGCCAAGCUGCAGACAAGAGGGGCUGCAGGUGAUGCCUCAGAAAACGGACCAGUCAAGAGGGGAGGAGGCGGAGCCAAGCUGCAGACAAGAGGGGCUGCAG